AUGCAUUGCGAUUCAUCUGAUGAGGAUGAUAAUAAAUUUGGCAUUGGGAAGAAGUUUUUCAUUUAAUUAUUGGAGAUGGAGAGAAAAUUUAGCACUAAAAUAGAAUCUAUGUAAUAGAUUUUGGAGUUGCUCAAUAUGUAUGCAAUGUGUGUGGAAUUCUUUGAUACGGUAGGUAACCCUGCUAAGUAUUAUUUUAUGGAAAAGAUCUCCAAUACUAUUGCUGAGAAGGAGGCCUUUGAAUUAAUGUUGAAGGAUGAGAUUAUAGCAAGAGAGAAAAGAGAGAAACAAAUGUAAAUCAAACCAAUCAUUAAAGAAGGAUAAGUGAAUUAUGAUCCUCUCAAGCGACCUGAGAAACCCUCAAAAGCAAAGUAAGAGACUCCUGUUAAGUAAGAGGAACAACAUGUGUUGGAGAAUAACAGAGAGAACAAGAAAAUAUCUCACAAAAUGUUGAGGGAGGUUCGGUCAAAGAAAUUGACAAUGACGGAAAAAAUAUACCAAUCUCAAAAUGAGCAGAAAGUUCCAGUUGAUUUAAUUAAGAAUUGGGAUUACGAAGUAGAAAAAAAUGGUAAGAUGUGA